GUUUACGAGACAUGGGUUUAAUCCGAAAAAGUUUAUAUUACGGACUAAAUUCAAGAAUAUAUACCGGUAACAAUUUUUGUAUAAAUUGUAGAAGAGCUAAAAGUUCGGCUGAAGCAAAAACGAAAACUUAUUCACAUACAAUUUUGUUUCCGAAAACCCUUUUUCCGGCUAGAUCUAACAAUGCUAUUAAAGAAGAGGUUCAAAAGAUGGCUCAGUUUGCAGAACUUUACACAUGGCAACGAGAAAACCUAAAAGGUCCUGAAUUUGUUCUUCAUGAUGGACCUCCAUAUGCAAACGGCGACUUACACAUGGGACAUGCUGUUAAUAAGAUUAUAAAAGACAUAAACAACAGAAGUCAAAUAUUACAAGGCAAUAAAGUACAUUAUGUCCCAGGUUGGGAUUGUCAUGGACUUCCCAUAGAAUUGAAAGCUCUACAAAAAGCCAAAAAUUCAUCAAAAAAUGUCUCAUCACAGGAGAAUAUCCGACAAAUUGCGAGAGACUUUGCGUUAGAAACAGUAGCAAAGCAGAAAGCGGCGUUCCAAAGUUGGGGUAUAAUGGCUGAUUGGGAUACAUGUUAUUUAACUUUAGACAAGAAAUAUGUACAAAAUCAAUUGAGACAGUUCUAUAAAAUGUAUAAGUCUGGAUUGAUAUUUCGUGCAUUAAAACCUGUUUACUGGUCACCAUCAUCAAAAACAGCCUUAGCUGAGGCAGAAUUGGAAUAUAAUCCACAGUUUAAAAGCAAAGAGGUUUAUAUCAAAUUCCCAAUGGAUACAGUACCUGAAGUUGCUAGUAAUUUCUCUGGUAAGCCUAUCUCAGCUUUAGUAUGGACGACCACACCUUGGACCCUAAUCGCAAACAAAGCUAUAUGUUAUAGUGCAAACUUAACAUAUAGUAUAGUUACAUUAAAUAACAAGCCAGAUGAACUGUUUGUAGUCGCAAGUGCUCAGAUUGAGUGUUUGAGAAAUAUAUUAGGCGUGGAAAUUGAGAAAUUAAUUGAUUUUGAUGGUAAAGAACUAAAAGGUAUGUAUUACAAGAGUUUGCUUACAUCAGAGAAGUUGCCAUUCUUGGAAGCGAGUCAUGUGACGGAGGGCAAAGGGACAGGUUUGGUUCACACUGCGCCUGCGCACGGCCCUGAUGACUUUCUAGUCGCUUUGAAGAAUAAUAUGCCAGUGGAGUGCAAUGUAGACGAAUCAGGCCGUUAUAUAAACUUGGACAAUCGUUUUAACGGUCUCUACGUACUCGGAGAUGGUCAGGACGCGGUUAUCAAUGUUCUAGUAGGUUCUAUCGUACAUCAGAGUGUGUACGUACAUUCUUAUCCUCUGGACUGGAGAACGAAGAAACCCGUCAUCAUCAGAGCCAGCCAGCAAUGGUUUAUUGAUACUGCCGCUUUGAAGGAUAAAGCUUUGGCAGGUCUAGAUAAAGUGGUACUUCUACCGCCGUCUAGCGCGGGCCAGUCUAGACAAGGCUUCCGCGCGCAGUUAGAGAAACGCCCCUAUUGGUGCAUAUCUCGUCAGCGGGCGUGGGGCGUGCCCAUACCAGUCUUGUAUAGCGGAGAGAAGGUUAUCGUGGAUGAUGGCAUCAUAGAAAAGUUAUGCAGUUUGAUUGAAAGCAAUGACACGGAUGUGUGGUGGACUUGUGACGUCAGAGAUCUGAUACCAGAUGACGUCAGGAAUAAAUAUAAUUUGGACAAUCAAGAAGUUACUAAAGGAAAUGACAUAAUGGACAUCUGGUUGGAUUCCGGUUUAUCCUGGCAGACGCUGGACGGCAGACGAGCUGAUCUGUAUUCAGAAGGUGUUGACCAGCUCACCGGUUGGUUCCAAGCGUCGUUGUUAACUUCGUUGGCGUUAACAGGAGAAGCGCCUUAUGAAUCAAUUUUCGUACACGGCUUCGUAGUAGACGAGAAAAAACGAAAAAUGUCCAAAUCUAUUGGAAAUGUAAUAGAUCCUUAUACUAUUAUUAAUGGAGAUAAAAAACAACAAGGUUAUGGUGUGGACACUUUGAGAUGGUGGGUCGCCAGCCAUUCUACUCAACAUUCCCAAAUCGUAAUCAGCAAGAAACUUCUAGAAGAUUGUCAAAGUGAGGUUAUAAGAAUUCGCGCCAUUUUCAAAUAUCUUCUAGGAGUUGUCAGUGAUAUGGACAAAGGUAACUUCACCUUUCAGCCAAACUUAAAUUACUUCGAUCAAUAUAUUAUUAUGGAAACAUACAAUUUUCUUAAACAAAUUAAUGAUCAUUAUAAUAAUUUCAGAUAUAAUCAUGUAGCUCAAACUAUUUUAUUUUUUAUUAGUAAUAAAGUCUCUAGUUUGUACUGUCAUUGUAUAAAAGAUAGGUUAUAUUGUUCCGCGAAAGAUUCCAACCAAAGACAAUCCGCUCAAUUAACAAUUCAUACGAUUUUAGUUGCUUUGUUAAAAGCAAUAGGGCCUAUUUUACCACAUUUAGUAGAGGAAGCAUGGCAACACCAUCCUUUGUAUAAGAAACCAUUUUAUUUCACCAAAGAAAUCCCGAUGUUGCAAUACAAAGAUGUUGAUACGUCACUAAUGGCCGCCAUUUUGGAAAUCAAAAGAGACAUCUGUGUGAUAAACAAAAAUGAGAAUUUAAAAAAGUUUGAUUUGAAUUUGGAAUUAAAUUCAGAUUUGUUUAGUAAAUUGAAAAUUUUGAAUGUUUCUGAUGGUAUUUAUGAUAGCGUGUUAGCAGAAAUUCUGGAAGUUUCUUCCGUUAGUUUAGAGGUUAGUAAUGGCGGGAACCCUUGGCAUAUUGAAUUGUCAAAGAGUAAAAAUAAUCAAUGUUUAAGAUGUAGAAAAUAUAAUGUUAAUAAUGACAGUGAUAAAUGUUUACGAUGUGAAAAUGUUUUAUCCGCUUGAAAUAAUUAAAAAAAAAGUUCUACAGUUACUUAAUUUUCUUUUGAGUAAAUAUUUUGUUUUUAAUGCACGACUCAUAGAUUCCUUUAGAUAGAAAGAUGUGUUUGCGCGCGCGUUGUAGUCUAGAACACUGGGAGCUAAAAAGGGCGAACGUCUGGCGCCGUAUAUUAUCGACCUCAUCACUUGCUUUUGAGGAUUACGGCGAUCGUUAAGACGCCAUUAAAAAUCUUAGCUACCUGGUCGUUUUCGUUUAUUUUGACUUGCUUGAACAUUUCGCGUAUAUCUGUCGAGACAGUGAUAUCAUUUUUCCUAAAUCUGUACAGUACACCGGGUAAGUCGGAACUGUCGAGCAAAAAAUCGUUCAGGCAGACCCUUUCCCCCAGAGUUUCACCGUCGCAUCGAAGACUAGACUGGUUUGCCCCGGUUUGUUCUUAUUCGUGACGGCGAAAUUAGGCAGGUAACCACACCUCGGGUUAUUCUGUCCCCACUGCUAGCCGAGCGUAACCUUUUACGAGUAGGUUUUCAAUUUGCUCGGUAUAUGCUAUCUUGAACGAUCGCGACUUGUCCAACUUCUCGCAGGGUGGCAUUCUAACGUCGUGUCUUUCCACGGGAGUCGGACAUAGUAUCGACCAUAGAUCUUACGCUUCGUAUUGCUAAAUGUGUUUAAAACACGUUCUUUUAAGGUUUCUAACCGUGUUUUAACAUAAGACGGUUUUGAUAAAUGCUCCCUCGGUGACUAUUUGUGAUUUUUAUACAUUUUGUCAAUGUUGAUUUGAGUAACAUAUUGAAUCUUAAGUAACUGUAACAUUAUAAUUAAUCUCAACAGAGCAAAUUUUUUGAAUCACAAGUAUUUUUAAGCAAGCAAAGCUAAUUUUAUAAAGAAUUUUAAUUUCAACAAGGAAAUGUAUUUGAACAAGCAACAAAUUUUAUAAAUUCAAUCGUUCAGACAGACCCUUUCCCCCAGGCUUCCGCCGUCGCAUGGAAAACUAGUCUGGUUGUCCCCGGUUUGUUCGGAUUCGUGACAGCGUGCGAUCAGCUCGUUACAAUGUCUGAUACGUAUCUUUCGCGAUAUAAUUAGGUGCCAGUUGUCCACAUCUAAUAAUAACUUAAGCUUCGCGUUUGAAACAGACGCCCUUUGGCAAAUCACGUAGAUGGCAACUCUUAAACAGUCGUUACUCACUGUUUUACACCCUGGAGACUAAGCUCUUUACUGUCCUCGCUUUUAUUCCGUGCGACUCGUGUUGUCCUUUCCCUCUGGACUUGACAUCCACGAUACGGCUAUUCGGGUGAUUGUCUAUUGUCGUUAUCUACCUUGCCAAAUGUUCGUCAAUCAGCGAUAUAGUCGAACUUUCGUCAAGAAGCGCUUAAGUGGCAAUCUCUGUACCCUCCGGUCCGCGUUUUAAUACCGGGCACACCUUUAGCAAUACCGAACCGCUUGUCGCCGCUGUUGAUGCGACGAGAGCAGUUUCUUCGGUUGUGUUGUCUUCUUGUGUCAUCGGUGACGCUCUUACGGCGUGUAGCCUUUCGUGGUGUCGGCGCCUGCAUUUGUUGACACCGCAUCGCUUUUCUUUACAACAAUCGACGAUGCCGACUGCGUAAGCAGUUGAAGCAGACUUUGUUUUUUCCCCACGAUUAUCUUUCACGCUCAUAUUUGCGAGUUUUAAAAAAAUAUUGUGAUCAUGUUUUAUCACUUUACACUGGCUUUUGAAGUGUCCAUAUUUGUUGCAAUUAAAGCAACGAGGGCCUUUUCCUUUUGGCUUUUUGUAAUAAGAGUCCUGUCUAUGUUUGUAUAAAAGGCGGUGGAAUCAGGCUAUCUCUUGUAGAAGUUUUGUUUUUGCAAAGUCUGAUGUAUUAAUGGCGGAACUUUCGAGACCCAUUAUCAUUGGUUUAUAUUCUUCUGGUAAACCUGCUAGCCAUGAGUGUUGUCGCGUUAUUUUUAUUUCUAGGCCAAAAAAAAAAUCAAAACAAUAUAUAUUAAAAAGUAAAAUAAAAUAAAAAUGAAAUUGAGAAAGGGGUUCCGCUAUGGUCUGUUUUGUUUCCCUUUUGAGAUGCUACCGCCGCUCCUUGGAAGUUUUCUUGAGUAUCCGACGGUGAGGUCAAAAGCCAGCCAUCGGUUUUCACUGUCGUCGUCUAACUUCAUACGCCACGUGCGUGCGACACCACUCGUCGAUGUUAUUAUCAAGGUAAGUUUUUCUAUCAAGUUCACCGUUCGUUUCUUUUAGUUUUACGAGUUACUCAGAACACCCACGGGUUUGUAUCUAGUAUUUUUCCACGAGGGAAACAAAAUUUCUUCAAGGCAAGUCAGCAUGACAGACCUGUCUCAUUUUAACAGCUGACAAUGACAGCUCUAAAAAAAUGUAUGGCAGCUGCACUUUUAUUUAUUUAAAUAACGUAAGAUUUGUUCAGUGAUGUAUUUAUGAAAUCCCGUAGUAAGCCCGGAGUCUUCAAAGGCAUUGCGCUAAUUUGUCCAAACCUUCUUUGGAUUUAUUUAUUUAUUUUCAAGCAAGACCAACUGCUGUUUAUUACAAAGCAGGUAGUACAAAGUAAUUAAUCUUACAGCUAACUUAGGUCCUCACUAAUAGAAAAGUUAUACAAAAAUAUUUUUGCGGGAAUCAACAAUAGUAAAACGGAAAAAUGACACAGAACAAAAAACAAGGUUUUUGCAUUUUUAAAUGGAUGUAAUUUAUUAGAUCCACGAAUAAAAUAAUUUAAGACUUUGCUCUUGUAUCCUUUAUGUCGACAUCGGUAACCGGAUCUACACACUCCCACAGAUCCUCGAGCUCGAGAUAAGAUUUCACUGCGUGUUGGGAACAGCCAUUGUUCUCGGCAUUGGCGUCGGUGCGUGAAGUACGAAGUAUCCAAACAUGAUGCUGCUCUUCUCUUUUCAACAUAAUGAAAAUACUUUUAUGAGUCGUCACAUUUUUAUUUAGGUACUAGCUGUUCCCGUGCUGCUUCAUCCACAUAGAG